UUGGUACCUCACACACAGGCGCCUGACUUUAAUCCGCAAUCACAACUAUGACAGGAAACAAUAAAAUGAAUCAAUCAAGCUUAUUUUUCACCAAAUGGUCGUGGGUUUUCCCCGGGUUUUCUCCCAUCAUAAUGCUGGCCGUCGUCGUAUAAGUGAAAUAUUCUUGAGUACGGCGUAAAACACCAGUCAAAUAAAUAAAUAAAUUAUUUCUAUUCAUACAUGUCUCAUAAACUAACUGUUGAGUAUAGUACGUUUCACCAAUCCCUGUUUAAGGCUACAGGUGAAAAAAAAGAAGCUUCUUUCUUAACUGUGGUAUCACAUAUGCAGGUUUUUGGUCGUUGUGAAGUGAGGGCGUGACUGAGAGUAAGUGGAGAGAACUUGGUAUUGCUUGGACAGACAGACAUACGGUGAUACACCAUUCAGCAUGUCGCGAAAAGGUCAACGCAAGGAUAAAGGUCAGCGUAAAGGUCAUUAUCAGGAGGAUGAGGGCCACGAAGAGAUAAUGAUGAAGACUAAGGGACCUCCACGGAGAGGUCUUCAAGUAAGCGAAACGACGGUGGAAAUUGUGGACACAGCAGAUGGCCGCACCCAGUGGGACGAAGUUGAUGGGAAGGAAGUGAAUCCGUUGGUCGUUGUCUGUGCCCAUUGUAUUGUCCCCGGACCCGAGGAGAAGGAUUUUCUCAGUCGAUACAGAUGGUGUCCUCCCCCAUUGUCCAUGUUCAUUAUCAGUUUAUCACAGAUCAUAGUCUUUAUCGUGUACGCCGUGGAGCUGGCGAAUAACGGUACACCAGUGACGGCCAUGUCUGGAGUGCCCACCUACAGUCCACUCAUCUACAAGGCGGACCGGAGAUACGAAGCCUGGAGAUUCAUCACCUACAUGUUCAUCCAUAUAGGCUAUCUUCACCUGACAUUUAAUGUUAUCAUCCAGCUAGUGUUGGGGGUUCCAUUGGAGUGGGUCCACUCUUGGUGGCGUGUGCCCAUCAUCUACCUCAUAGGCGUUAUCUCAGGAUCUCUAGCCCACUCGCUGACCGAUCACGCUGUCGAUCUGGCGGGAGCGAGCGGUGGUGGGUACGCUCUGAUUGGCGCACAUCUGGCCGCUGUUGUCACGAACUGGAAGGAGAUGAAUUACAAAUGCUGGGACGGUCGGUUUUGCCGGAUGUUACUCAGUGCGCCAGUCAGGCUCUCAGUGGUCUUAGCUACGGCUUUGGCAGACACUGGAAUGGCACUAUACAAACGGUUUGGCGAAGGUUCUCAUCAGAUAGGAGUCAGCGCCCACAUUGGUGGACUUUUGGCGGGCCUUCUGAUCGGGGUGCCUUUCUUGAAAAACAUCAAUGUCAAGCCUUGGGAGAAGACGGUCGGCUGGGUUACUCUUAUCGUGUACCUGCUCUGUUUUGUGGCUGUAUUGCUAUUUAAUGGCUUCUACAAAGGCUACCCACCUACGGACUGGUCGCCAUGUUGUCACUAAGUGAUCAAGAGAACUGGAGAGCGUUGUCUGUGAACGGCGUCAGGCGUUUAAAUAUGCGCUGGUGAAAAUCAACAUCUGGUGCCAGCAUACUGUUAUGAAUGUAUGAUUCAAAAUGGACAAUAUCAAGAGCUGACAAGAAAGUCUUCUCCAGUAUUCUAUAUUGUGUUUAGGGGAACCAUUCGGUGGUAAAUCAUGGGUAAUUACAUUUGGGCCUAUACUGCUAAGAUGAUGAUAGACAGCGAUAAUCAUGUACUUUCGUCGUCACGAUAUUGUCUCAAAUUCUGCCGAUAAUAGUUCUUUUAUUCUCAUUACUCUCGAUUAUUACUUGUGUGCACUUCUUGGUGUACUAGUACUUUACUCGUGGAUUUUCCCCCGGGUUCUGCCCGGUUUCCUUCUGCCAUAAUGCUGACCAUCGUUAUAUAAUUGAAAUAUCCGUAAAAUAAAUAAAUACGUUAGUAGUUAAAAAGCUUCCUUUGUAAAGCACACUUUUCUCGUGGGAAUAAGGAUUAUUCUCAUUAAAAUAUACUGAACUGUACCACUGAUGGAGAUUAUAGUAUUAUCCAAUACCAUUGAUGAACAACAUCUGUAAUAUGACCCAUCUCACCACACUUAUAACACCAAGUGGGCAUUUGUUAUGCGUGCAGCUUUCCUAACACAGGAAGCCACGUGCAAGCGUAUGGGAUGUACGAUAUGAAGAGAAACGGCCUCUUUACAGUAUUUUGUGUCCAUUGAGUCCUCGUGGUAUUUAUAAUGAACGGAAAGACAGAUAUUUUUUUUCAAUAGUGCAAUAACAGCAACGUGUUUCAUCCCGUCAUGAUCGUUACGUAUGCAAGAGUGUUACAUGCUUAUACUCAUCAUCAAGAUUCACAGAUGUCAUGCCUUGUGAAAUUUUGUUGACGCCGAAACGAUUUGAACGAUAUUUUCCUAACAUUCGUAUUCGUACACAAAAAUGUUAUUCUUCAUGACAUUUCUUGCAAUAUAGUCCCACUUAAUGCAUGUAUACAUUUCGAGAGUUCAUCAUGGAAAGUUUUACAUUAAAAUGUGCUAUAUUCAAUUCAACAUCGUACAGAGAUUCUGUGUGUGCUUUGUAUAGAAUGUUUCAAUAGAAAUGGGAUGUCUUA